ACAAGACCGAGGAAGUGUCUCAAAACCUAGUAAACUGCCAACCUAGACAGACGCUCACACACCCAUCAUGCCCAAAAAACACUGUCUAGGUUGUUAGCGCACAAGUUUUUGAGACGCAGCCCGAGAGUUGAUCCUCUUGCAUAAUAACUACCGCAAACACGCCAAAAACAUUAUUUAAAACCCCUACGUAAUUUCGUUUUUUUGAUAACGUCUCCAAUGCGAUCUCUAGAUAAACAUAAAAGUGAUUUCCUGCUAUUAUAAACUGACGCAUUAAAUCGGAUGCCUCCAUCCCACACGAAAUACUUCCGGGUAUUUCACUAUACACUCCAGAUUUUGGCACGAUUGGUUUUUAGAGUAAUUAUAUUUCCUUAUAACACCAAACGGCAUGUAGGUGAGAGUAUUUGUGGUCUUGUUUGAUACUUCAUUGAUACUUUGUGUUUUUCCGAUACUGUGUUUUUAUCCAGCCAGCUGUGAGCACGUGAAUUUGGUUGACCAUGUCCAGAUGUUGAUCUCAAACAGUUUGAUAAUCCAUAGGAUUAAAUGUUGCUAUGUCGCGUGAAGUACUGUAUGCUGCAUUAACGACGUCCUCCUCGCCAUGAAACGAGUCGUUUUCUUUCUGGCGUCUUUAUUCUUGACGGAGUGUUCAAAAAGACCCAUUAGAGAUGUCCUAGACGGCGAGCAUGAGCAGCUCAGCUCAAUGCUUUCAGACUUUGAUGUUCUUCAGCUGUCCAAUCUUCAACAACAUUCGGUUCGCAAGAGAGACGUCCAGUCACACACACAUGUAGAGAGGCUUCUCAGUUUCACUGCAUUACAGAGGCAUUUCAAAUUGUACCUGAUAACCAACACUGAGCUUUUCACUCAUGACUUUAAUGCUGUGGUGGUUGGGGAAGAUGGCACUCAGGAGAUGUAUGAUGUCAAGAGGGAAGAUUUCUUCACCGGUCAUGUUGUUGGAGAGGUAAAUUCGCGAGUCCAAGCACAUAUUGGCGACAAUGACUUUACUGCCCGCAUUCUUACUGAUGAAGCUGAAUACAACAUUGAGCCACUGUGGAGGUUUAUUGAAGACCCUCGGGAUGGUCGGCUACUCGUAUAUCGCUCUGAGGACAUCAGAAAUGUGAGCCGGCUGGCAGCUCCCAAAGUGUGCGGCUACAUCUACACAGAUGCUAGUGAGAUGCUGCCAGAGAGUGUGCAGGCUAGAGUACUAGAAGAAAAUGGUGAGGAGAAGGAUGGGCACCUGAGAGAAAGGAGGCAAACCUUGGACCACAGUAAGAACACCUGCCCCCUGCUGCUUGUGGCUGACUACCGCUUUUUCAGACACAUUGGCCGUAGGGAGGAGAGCACCACCUUAAACUACCUGAUUGAGCUGAUUGAUCGCGUAGAUGACAUUUACCGGAAUACAUCAUGGGACGAGGAAUAUAAAGGUUAUGGAGUUCAGAUUCAGCAGAUCAUAAUUAAUAAGACACCCACACAAGUAGAGCCAGGAGGCGCCCACUUCAAUAUGAAAGGGACCCCGGUGAAGAACAAAGAUGUCUGGGAUGUCAAAAGGCUGCUGGAGCAAUUUAGUAUUGACAUUGCAGACAAUGCAUCAAAGGUGUGCUUGGCUCAUCUGUUCACAUAUCAGGAUUUUGAUGAAGGCACAUUAGGCUUGGCUUAUGUGGCCCCAUCCAAACCAGGCUUUCCCGGAGGGCUUUGCUCUGAAAAGUGUCCUCCUUCAGGAACUAACAAUCGUGCUAUAUACCUUAACACUGGUCUAACCAGCACCAAAAAUUAUGGAAAAACCAUUCUUACUAAGGAAGCGGACUUGGUUACCACCCAUGAGCUUGGCCACAAUUUUGGUGCCGUGCAUGACCCAGAUGAUGUGCCGUACUGUGCACCCAGAGAGGACCAGGGGGGCAAAUAUGUAAUGUACCCUAUUGCAGUGAGUGGGGACCACUCCAACAAUAAACUGUUUUCCAACUGUAGUAAGAUCUCCAUAGCAAAGAGACUGAGGUCCAAAGCCUCCACCUGCUUCAGAGAGAGGAACAGCAAUGUGUGUGGAAACUCACGGGUGGAGGAAGGGGAGGAGUGUGAUCCUGGACUGCUCCACCUCAACAAUGACCACUGCUGCACUGCUAACUGCAAACUGCGGCCCAAUGUGGAGUGCAGUGACAGGAACAGUGCAUGCUGCAAAGACUGCAUGUUUGAGAAGCAUAGCAAGGUGUGUCAGGAGCCAAUGGAUGCCACCUGCAAGGGCAGGUCUUACUGCACAGGAAAAAGCAGUGAGUGCCCCCCUCCAGAGAACCUUUCCGAUAAGACCACCUGUGUGGACAAUGGGCGGUGUCUGAAUGGAGAGUGCAUCCCUUUCUGUGAGGCUGUUAAGAGCCUGCAGUCGUGUGCUUGCAAUGAAACAAACAACUCUUGUAAGGUGUGCUGCAGGGGUAAGAGUGGGGUGUGCUCUCCCUAUGUUAAUGACAAGGGCAACCCUCUUUUUCUGCGGAAAGGCAAACCCUGUACAGUGGGCUUUUGUGAUGGAGCAGGAAAAUGCAUGAAACAGGUCCAGGAUUUUAUCGAGAGGUUGUGGGAUUUCAUUGAGAAGCUUGACAUCAAUACUUUUUGGAAAUUCUUGGCAGAUAACAUUGUUGGCUCAGUGGUGGUCUUCUCCCUGCUCUUCUGGAUCCCUCUCAGCAUUCUGGUCCACUAUGUGGAUAAGAAACUUGACCAGCAGUAUGAACUAAACACAAAGUCACUCUUCUACCCCAGUAACGCAGAGCUGCUAAGCAGUCUAGAAUCAGCUUCGGUGCGGAUCUUUAAACCAACAUCCUCCUCUGGCAUGUCUGCUGUGCCACGCUUCCAGGCGACUAGUCCUCUGCAGACCAGCACUCCACCUGUCUCCCUCUCCCAGGUGGCUCCAGCCCCAACUCCGUGUCCUCUGCCCACCAUGGAGCCCCCACGCAUGGCCACAAUUCAAGAAGACCCCAGCUACGAUUCCCACCUGGAUGAACAAGCCCUGGGAGAAGACUUCCCUAAUACUGGUUCUGCAUCACAUUCCUUUGAUGAUCUGACGGAGAACCGAGAGAACGUCAUGUCCUUCAGGACAAAGAGGCAUGCACAGAAUAACAGCAUAGAGACAGAAUGUUGAGUGCAUGAUUGUAUAAAAUGCUAUUGAAUGAAAUUAAUGGGAAAAUGUGAGUAUGGCUAGAGGGAGUAUAUUUUUGGGAAUACUUAAAGCUGAGCAUUGGGAUGUAACAGUAUGCUUACAGUUCCAGUAUUGCAGUAUGUUUAAAGAGUGCUGGACUUUUAAUAAAGGAAUAAUUCAUCCAGAAAUGAAAAUUUGCUGAUAAUUUACUCACCCUCAGGCCAUCCAAGAUG